AUGUUCUGGCUCAGUUGGAUUCCUGGCAGUGAAGAAAACAAACAGAAAACAGAUGUCCAUUACAGGUCCUUGGAUGGUGAAGGGAAUUUUAACUGGAGAUUUGUCUUCCCUUUUGACUACCUUCCAGCUGAACAGCUCUGUCUCGUUGCUAAAAAAGAGCAUUUCUGGAGUAAGGACCAAACUGAAUUUCGGGUCCCACCCAAACUGAUCAUUCAGAUAUGGGAUAAUGACAAGUUUUCUCUGGAUGACUACUUGGGUUUCCUGGAACUCGAUUUGCAUCGCAGCAUCAUUCCAGCAAAAUCGCCAGAGAAAUGCAGUUUGGACAUGAUUCCUGACCUCAAAGCCGUGAACCCCCUGAAAGUGAAAACCGCCUCUCUCUUUGAACAGAAGUCCAUGAAAGGAUGGUGGCCGUGCUACGCAGAUAAAGAUGGCUCCCGUGUGAUGGCUGGGAAAGUGGAGAUGACGUUGGAAGUCCUCAAUGAGAAGGAGGCCGACGAGAGGCCAGCCGGGAAGGGACGGGAUGAACCCAACAUGAACCCCAAGCUGGACCCACCAAACCGGCCGGAAACUUCCUUCCUCUGGUUCAGCAACCCAUGCAAGACCAUGAGGUUCAUCGUGUGGCGGCGGUUUAAGUGGGUCAUCAUCGGCCUGCUGGUCCUGCUGAUCGUGCUGCUUUUCGUGGCCGUGCUCCUCUACUCCUUACCGAACUAUCUGUCAAUGAAGAUUGUGAGGCCAAAUGCAUAAUGGAAGCAAGGGCUUCUUUUCCAGAGUCAUCCAGCCAUGAGGGCAUCCUGUCUCUGUUUACAGAUCAAAACCGAGAGGGAUUUUGUUUGGGUCUGAGACUAUUCCAGGGGCACGUUACACUACUUCACCGAGGCCCACCACUUCCCAGAGGCUCUAAGUCCACGUCAGGCCAACAAGCAACAUUUUUAUCUUUUGAAGCAUUACAAGUUUUAACCAUGUUUUUUCAGAAUAUUUUUCAAGGUGGCUGGUUCCAUUUAAAAAUCAUCUUUUUUUUUUCUGUGUCCUAGUUCUGUAAUUCAAUUUUUGGAAAAUCAAAUUUGAAAAUUUCUACAUCUCGACUUCAUAUACUUCUUUAUCUGUAGUCAACAAAAAAGGACUGUGCAUUACCAAGUAGUUAGAAUAGGUGGAGGAAUUUUUAUUUAUGCCUGCAACCAUUGUUAUAUUUUGUAUGGAUAAAUGUCAUGAGACUAUUCAUCCUCUGUGAUGAACCCAAAUAAAAACAUUCUGCCUCUGA